AUGUUUGUUUCACAUGACAUAAACUCGAAUAAAAAAAAGUUCCAGAAGCCUAACAUUUUACGUAAAAAGACAAAUAUAAAUAAGGCUUCAAUUGUGAAUAAAACAAAUAAGGCUGAAAUUUUUGAAACUUCUGGUGUGAAUUCUUUACUCACUUCAUCUUAUAUACUUGACCAAAAAAAUAAUGACUUAGAAGUAGAUAAGGCUCUUAAAUGCAAAAGUAAUAAAAAUGUAUUCCUUGUAAAAAAAUCUGUACCAAAAUUAAAGGUAGACAAUGUAGCAGAUCCAUUAGGUAGUAUACAGAAUACCACACCUAAUGUGACUGCUAAGAAUAAUAUGAUAUAUAUUGAUAACUGCCAAAGUAUUGAGGAGAAUCAAAGCCUUUCUUUAAAUGUGGAAUCAUUUUUGUUAAGUGAUGAAGCUAGACAGAAUAUAUCUAUUGAUGAUAAUGAUCUUCUUAAAAAAGAAAUGGAAGAUGAAGAAGGUAAACAAAAGUGGUGCUUAGAUUUUUCUCAAGACACUCAAAAAAUUAUAAUUGAACAGUAUGAUAGUUCUCAAGUGGGUAGUUUAUAUCUAGAACAAAAGUCAGAUGUUUCUAGCACAAUGGUACCUUUAGCUGCUGUGUCAUCUAUACAUCAAAACAGCUCUGUUCCUUCAGACGAUUUGACUACUAUGGUUACUGUCAAUUUAACAUCAAAUGAAUCAGUCAUAGACGAGAACAAAUAUCAAACAAUGACAAUAACAGCUUUACCGUCAAUAUCAGAGGAUACAGAUACUAUUCAAGGAGAUUAUCCUUCAGUAGCUACAAUUGAGACUUUAGGUGUAGCUGCUGUUUCUGAGGACUCUAGCAUAGCACAGGGUGAAGAUUUUUCAUCUAUGGACACUAUAAAUAAAAUAUCAAUAGAACAGUUAACUCAGAGACCAGUUAAAUUUAAGUGUGAUUCACCUGAUUGUAAUAAAGAAUUUAUGAGUGAACAAAAGUUAAAGAAACAUAAAAGCACACAUAAUAAAAGCGCUAGUCAAAAAGCCCCGAGGCAGACUACUGUGGAGUGUCCAGUUAAGAAAAUUCUAGAAUCUGGUAUAGAAGAACCAUGUGGCAGGAUAUUCCAUGUUAGAGUAGACCUUAUUAAACAUUUGAAUGAAGAACAUACAAUAGAGGAAGCUAUUUAUAGAUGCACAGAAUGCAACCGGCGCUUCUUCUGGGCGUCGGGGCUGCGGGCGCACGCGCGCGCGCACGCCGGCCGCGAGCGCGAGGGCCGGCUGCUGGCGUGCCCGUGGCCGGGCUGCUCGCGCGCCUUCCGCCAGCCCUGCCGCCUGCGCGAGCACGCGCGCGCCCACACCGGGGACAAACCAUACUCUUGUAGACAUCCUAACUGCGGGUGGUCAUUCCGCACGGCGAGCAAGCUGCUGCGGCACGCGCGCCGGCACACGGGCGACCGGCGGCACGCGUGCGCGGCGUGCGGGCGCGCCUUCCUGCGCCGCGAGCACCUGCGCGACCACGCCGCGCGCCACCACGCGCACGCGCGCCGCCUGCACGACUGUCCGCACGCUGACUGUCAGCAAACUUUCACAAAUAUGAGCUCGCUUUACAUGCACAUGAAGAAAGUGCACAAGAAGGAAGAAAACAACCCGCCUACAAUUAUAGCUACAGCCGAAGACCAGGAAACACCGAAAGUUGCGUCCGAAAAUUUGUUUAUGGUGAGUUUGUUAGAGCCAAGUCCAAUAGAGGAGGUUAGCGAGGGGAGCAGCCCUACCGCAGAGGGGCACUCGGCGCGCACGCACUGCACGUGGCCGCUAGCGUCGCGCGCCGACCGCUACCACCACGCCGAUUCUUAUGUACUGGAGGAGGAUGGGCAAAUCGAACAGUCGGAGAGUUCUGAAAGUAACAUUUAUACAGUGAGGAGCGAUCUCUUUCUUCACGGCAAUGUUCUGCACAACGAAGAUAGCGAGCAGAUGGGUCGGUGCGUGCGCGCGGCGGAGGCGGAGGGCGCGCUGGCGCUGGACGCCGACCUGCUGCUGGACGCGCCCUCUGUGCAUCUAGACCAGGAGGAACUGUACACUGAUCCCGUGGACGAGUCCGCUUUCAGAGUGUUCCUUCUUAGCGGUGAGGAGCUCACA